AUGGGAGACCCCUUAGGAGCAGUCGGCUCUAUUGUGGGCAUUGCCGCUUUUGGCCUUAAGUUCGCAACGACGCUACAAACAUACAUCGAGGCUGUAGCUGAUGCGGAAGAAAGCUUACGGGAGAUUGCUCUAGAUGUCAGUGAAACAGCGUCCGCUCUAAAACAACUCGAAGACUACAUGAAACCCGAUCAGAGUGGUCAAACAAUUGCGAAUGAUUCGGGAGUGGAAGACGUUGCACGACUCGCAUCGCAGUGCGAGAAAGUUUAUACUGUCAUCAUCUAUAUUAUCGCUAAGGCUGUCGGCGUGCCAAAGGACGACAAUGGCAAAGUAACCCUUGAUGCAUUAGAUUUACACAGCUUAGAUGCCCCAAGUCGAAUGCGGAAGCUCAUAUGGCCCUUACGAGAAUAUCGUAUUAGAAAGCAUCGUGAAGAGCUAAGAUGGUUAAAAUUUAGCCUACUUUUUCGACUGGGACUCAUGGAGCUUGCAAAGAACAAAAAGAUGUUCGUAUUGCAUAUAACCUUGUCUUGA